AUGAAUGAAUGAAUAGAAUCUGCAUUCUAUCAUUAAAUGUCUCAUUUUAGUGAAUCGAGUCUUGAGAAAAAAUUAAAAGACUUAAAUACUACUCAACAAAGCAUUCAAACUCUCUCACUUUGGAUUAUACAUCACAAAAAAUAUGCAAAAUUAGUUGUACAAAUAUGGCAUAGAGAAAUAUACAAUGCCAAAGAUAAAAAAAGAAUCAUAUUACUCUACCUUGCAAAUGACAUAAUUCAGAAUGGUAGGAAAAAAGCCCCAGAUUAUGCAAAAGAAUUUAAAAUUGUUCUUCCAAUUGCUAUAACCACUUUGAUUAAGGAUUUAGAUGAAAACAAUUUGAGCAAAGUUAGAAGAGUUUUACAAAUAUGGCGUGAAAGAAGUAUAUAUGAUAAUGAAUUUAUUGAUCAACUCAAGGAGAUAACUGAAAAUUCCAAAAGCACAAAUAAUGAGCCUAAAAAGGUAAAAUUUACUACAUCCCCUACUAUUAUUAAAGAUGACAAGAUAUUAAAUGAGGCUUAUGAUAUUGAAGACGAUCUUGAUUUUGUUAUGACAGAAUUAGAGGAAAUGCAUGAAACUUCCAAAAAUGAUAAUAUUACCAUUCCACCUGUGGAAGAUAUCAUUAAAAUGCUAAAUGAUCUAGAAAAUGCAGCAUCGAGUGACGCAGUAGUUAGAGAAAAAAUUUCAAAAUUGCCUUCCCGGGUUUCUGAUACUUCCGCUUUGGACAAAAUUCAAGAUAUCUUUGAAAUCGAAACGUUAGAAGCCGAAAUAGAUGGUGCUUUAGACAUGUUAAACGUGUACAACGACAGAUUGUCACAAGAAUUAGACGAGAGAAAAUGGGUUUCUCUAAUUCUAAAGACUUAUUUGGAUCAACAAACAAAAUUAGUCGGUGAAACGGAAGACAAAAUAAAAUUUUACCGAGAUAAACUCAAAAAGGUUAACGCUACCAGACUUGAACUCCAAUUACAUUUGGAUCGACUACCAGAUUUCGAUAUUUUGCCGCCUGGACUAAUAAACUUUACUAAUGAGGACAUUUUUUCGUCCUUAUUCAACAACUCAUCCUUAAAAUUGACUUCUACCUCUCUCUCUACAUCAGACGAAAUUUCCAAGCAUUCAACAAAAUCAUCAAAUUUAAAAUCAAUAGACGAAAUUCAGCAGCACAAAUAUUUUGUUUCACCUACGAUUAGUGAAGACAGUGAUACCGCCUCCCUGGAAAAUUCUCACAAUAGCAAUAAUAUUUUUACGAAUCAACAAAAUUCUUUCAAUAGUCACCUAAACUUGAGUGGUAAAACGUGAGGAGUUAAAUUAAAUGCUCAUAAAAAUUUAUAAACGAGAAGGGAAUGGUAAAUAAGCUAAUUUUUUAGAGAUUAGAUUUUAUUUUUGAAAUGAAUACUUAGUUUAUAGCAUGUUAAUAGUGUAAUAUACGAAUUUAUUAUUUAAAUGCACGUAAAAUUUCCCAAAUUAUAUAUUUUUUGUUAAGAAUUAGA